AGUGGGUACCCUCCAGAGAGGUAGGGGAACCACCGCGCAUAUAAGACAGGAUAUGAAGGGGUCCCGUCUUUAGUUUAUCAUAAAGUAGCCGUACAACUCUGUUGACGUAAGGACGAGAAAGUGAAGGAGUGUGUCGUGUUUCUCGACAAGAGAGAGAUACCGGAAGGAUGGCCUUCGCGAGGAUAGCUUCCGUCCUGUUCCUCGGUCUCUGCUGGACCGUUUUGGUUUCCUGCGAGGAUCAGAACAUCACGGUGAUCAACAGCGGGUUGAAUGAGCCUGAUUUCCCCACUCCCGAAUACAUACUACCAUGCAGCAGGAAAGAUCCAAAGAUCGACGCGUGCUUUCUUAACACGCUCGCCCAUAUUCAGCCGUAUUUGGUGAAAGGCAUCCCGGAAUUGGAUGUGCCUCCCAUAGAGCCGCUCGUGAUCCCCGAACUGAAGAUGGAGAAUGGCCAAGGUCCAGUGCGUGUCAGAGCGAUCUUCACCAACAUCACCACGAUAGGACCAGGCAAUUACAGCAUCAGCAAAGUGCGAGUGAACAUAUCGUCGUAUAGGUUCGACCUGCAUCUGUCUUUGCCGAAGAUCGAUAUACACGGCAGCUACGACAUCAACGGAAACGUACUUCUCUUCCCUAUUCAGAGUCACGGCGACUUUUGGGCAUUAUUCGGUGACGUAAAGGCAAUCGCUCGUAUGCAAGGUGUCGAGGAAGUGAGAGACGGCGUUCGCUACAUGAAGAUCUCCCGAUUGCUGAUCGACUUUAGCCUCGGUCGAGCCAGAUUUCGCAUAAACGACCAUCUGAACGGCAACAACGUGAUCGGCCAGGCGAUGAACCAAUUCCUGAAUCAGAACAUCAAGGAGAUAAUCGAGGAGAUGAGACCGGCGGCCAGUUCGAGUAUCGCCAAGUACUUCAAGGACUUCCUGAACGGCGUUUUCACCAAGAUGCCCCUGAAAGUUUGGAUGCACGAUACGUAAUAGUUCCCAAAUCCCCGAUCACGUACAACGUUCACGUACACGCGAUAUCCAUGACUGCUGCAUUACUUCAUCGAAACGCGAACAUACAUUUCAUGAUUACAAAAAAAAGUAUCAUAAUCCUUAUGAAAGUACAUAAUAAAUAGUUUGUAAGUGGUCAUAAUUUGUAUUAAGAUUUGUAAUUGGUAAGAGAUACCUACGCGAGUAGCGAGCAUUGAUUACAUACGUGAUCCAUCAUCCGAAUAAAAACGAUUUUUUGGCACGCAAUUUACGAAUAUUUUAAAUUAAUAAAUAAUUAUUAUUACAAAUUUAUUAUGUUCAAACUGAUUUGAAAGCCUGGAUCGACAGUGUAAGAAACUCACGUUUUCCAAACUUCGUUUUACGCUUUUGAAAUUGAAUUUCGUCAUUAACUGAUAAAAUAAUAUGAAAUUCACGGACAUUUAUAUUAUAAUUGUAUUAACUUUGUUUCUUCUUUAUUAUUACGUUGCGAUUUAUUAUGUCAUAAACAUACAAUGUAGAAAUAUUAUUACAAAACUGUAUAAAAUAGGUAUAUUGAGUAAAGCGUAUAACCGCAUUUAAAUUACUCGAUCUUGAACGAAAUAAAUAAAUAUGUCUACCUCGAAAUAAA